AUGGAACCAGAGCUGACCAACAUUUAUACUAACAUACAUCCCUGCUAUGUAUUAGAUAAUACAACAUACAUAUUUACGAGUAAUCCGUCAAUUAUAUGCGUCACACUGUAUGUUUUUCUUGGUUUAUUAUGUGUUUGUACGAUAUGUGGAAACCUCCUUGUAAUAAUCUCAAUCAUAUACUUUAAACAGCUCCACAUACAUACUAACCAUCUCAUUUUGUCUUUAGCUGUGGCUGAUAUAUUGCUCGGAGUUUUGGUUUUUCCUUUAACUAUGUCUUUCACCAUAUUCUCCUGUUGGCAUCACGAAGGCCUGUUUUGUAAAAUACGAGACUGUUUUGAUAUCACACUGAGUAUUACUUCAAUUCUAAAUCUUUUUUGUAUUUCAAUGGACAGAUAUUACGCCGUGUGCCACCCUCUGACCUACAGAAGUAAAAUAAAUGAUCAAGUUAUAGACAUUAUGAUCAUGGUAAGCUGGGGUCUUGCUGCAAUGAUAGGAAUUGGAAAUACAGUAGUCGGAUUUACCCGAGGGAAAUGUGAAGAAAGCUGCCUAAUGGAUGCAGUGAUUUGGAUCACCGUGUCAUGCAUAUUUGCCUUUUAUAUUCCAGUGAUCAUAAUGAUUAGUGUCUACUUGAGGAUUUUUCUUGUUGCACAGAAACAAGUACGCAGCAUCCAGAGUACAGCAUGUACAAUGUCAGGAUCAAUUGUCAGUAAAAGGGAGAGGAAAGCUACCAAAACUCUAGCUACUGUUAUGGGAGUUUUUAUCUUAUGUUGGGCACCAUUCUUCAUUUACGUCAUCUCUCAGCCUUUAAUAUAUAAUGUAACUCAAAUCGCUGUGAGGGAAACGCUAAAUUGGAUUGCGCUUUUAAAUUCAUUGCUUAACCCAUUGAUUUAUGCUAUCUUUUACAGCCGGUUCAGAACAGCUUAUCGACUGAUCAUUACUGGGAAAAUAUUUCAAGGCGAUUUUACAAACACACAACUCUUUUAA